AAGCUGAGAUUCAGAUAGAGUAUAGAUGUGUACGAAUGCGGGCGUGCGCGGAUAAAUUUAAAAGUUAAAAAAAAAAAAUAAUUUUUUCUCAUUAUACAAAAUUUACAUAAAUGGAUUUUUUUGUUUUAUUUGUAUUAAGUUCGAAUUAUUAAAAGAUGAAAUUUCAAUAAUUUACUAUAUUUUAAAAUAAAAAAGUUAAGAAAAUAUUAAACUUGAAAAAAAAAUAUUAUUUAUUUGUUGAAUAAUAUUUUUUAUGAAUAGUCGAGUAAAGUGAAUAAUUAAAAUUGAAUUUAAUAAAUAGCUAUAUAUAAAUAAUAAAAAAUAAUAAAAUCAGCCCAGAAUUAACCAGAAAUUGUACAAUUUUUUAAGUGUUAAAAUAUAUUAAAAAUAAAAAAAAAUUAAAAUUUUUAUUUUUCAAAAAUAAAUUCAAGCUUGUUUUGGUGAAAAGAAGUUUUAAAUAAAAAUUUUUCAUCCCCCCUGAAAAUCAUUUUGACCAAAAAAUUAAAUCCGAAAGAAACAGGUAAAUGUUACCAUCAUAUAAGGUGAAAGGAUUACAACCAAUUUAUUAAUAAAAAAAACAAAAAGCGACAAUAAAAUAAAACCGGUAGUGGCGCCAAAAUUAAAAAAAAAAUAUUGGAAUUUGAUAAAAAGCAGAAUAGUAAUAAAUUCUUCUAAAUAAAUUAUGAUAAUAGGGGAAAAAAUGAAUUUAUCAAAAAAAUCUCACAUAAAUAACAUUCCAAUAACAAGAACAACAACAAAAAGGCCACCAAAUCUUUUAUCUGUGAUAAAUAAAUUUUCACUUUUAGUGUUUUUUGUAAUUCAAUUAAACAUUUUGAAUGAAUUACAACAUGUAAAUGCUUUAGAGAAUGGAUUAGCUCGUACACCACCAAUGGGUUGGUUAUCAUGGGAAAGAUUUCGUUGUAAUACAGAUUGUGAAGGUGAUCCAGAUAAUUGUAUAAGCGAAAAUUUAUUCAAAACUAUGACUGAUCUUGUUAUAUCAGAAGGUUUUGCUGCAGUGGGUUAUGAAUACAUUAACGUUGAUGACUGUUGGCUUGAAAGAUCUCGUGCUCCAAAUGGUCAAUUAGUUCCUGAUCGAAGAAGAUUUCCAAGUGGAAUGAAAUCACUAGCAGACUAUGUACAUGCUCGUGGUUUAAAGUUUGGCAUUUAUGAAGAUUAUGGUAAUUAUACUUGCGCUGGUUAUCCUGGUAUUAUUGGAUAUGAACAUAUUGAUGCAGCACAAUUCGCUGAUUGGGAAGUCGAUUAUGUCAAAUUAGAUGGAUGUUAUUCAUUGCCAGUUGAUAUGGAUAAAGGAUAUCCAAAAUUUGGUAGAUAUUUAAAUAGAACUGGUCGUGCAAUGAUAUAUUCAUGCAGUUGGCCAGUUUAUCAAAUAUAUGCUGGAAUAAGCCCAAAUUUCUCAUCAAUUAUUGAACAUUGUAAUUUAUGGAGAAAUUAUGAUGACAUACAAGAUUCAUGGGCAUCUGUUGAAUCAAUUAUUGAUUAUUAUGGUAAUAAUCAAGAUUCUAUAGCUCCAAAUGCUGGUCCAGGUCAUUGGAAUGAUCCUGACAUGUUAAUCAUUGGAAAUUUUGGACUGAGUUAUGAGCAAUCAAAAACACAAAUGGCACUUUGGGCAAUAAUGGCAGCACCAUUAUUAAUGUCAGUUGAUUUAAGAACAAUUCGUCCCGAAUUUAAGGCAAUUCUACAAAAUCGUAAAAUAAUUGCUGUUGAUCAAGAUCCAUUAGGUAUUCAAGGUAGACGAAUUUAUAAACAUAAAGGAAUUGAAAUAUGGUCUAGACCAAUAGCACCAAUCUAUCAAACAUAUUAUUCGUAUGCUGUAGCAUUUGUUAAUCGUAGAACAGAUGGUACACCAUCUGAUGUUGCUGUUACAUUAAGAGAAUUAGGUUUAACAUCACCAACAGGUUAUAGAGUUGAAGAUCUUUAUGAAGAUGUUGAUUAUGGUGUUUUAAGUCCACAAACGAAAAUCAAAGUUAAAGUGAAUCCAUCUGGUGUUGUUAUACUUAGGGCUGACGUACAACCAGAACGCUUUUCAAGAACACCGUAUAAUCCAUUGCAAUAUUUCCAUGUGAAAUAAAUUUACUAUUUUAUUUUUAAUUUUAAAAGCCUCUAAUUAAAACCAUAAUCUAGAUAUAAAUUUACCUCUAAACAAUUUUCUUAAGAACUUGUCUUUUUUAAAUUUAAAUAAUUUGUUAGAGCGCAAUUUUGAACCUGAAAUUUUUAAUAUUUUUGUUUCUUUCAUAAUAAAAGUGAUAUAGGAGCUUCUUUUUUUUUUAAUGAAAAUCAAACGAAAAAUGAAUUUCUAGAAUAAUUUUUAAUUUUUUUUUGUUUUUUAAUUAAAAAAAAAAUAAAUAAUUAGAUGCAUUUCAAUUAAUUAUUAAAUAUUCUUAUAAAAAAUUUGUAUACAAAGUUAAUUUUAAGCGAGAAUUUCAAAAAAAAAAGAAAAGAAAAUAGAACUAAAUUAGAUUUAAGUAGAGGUACCGAUUAUUUAAAUUGUUGUCUUAAAAAUAUUUAUAAAACAAUUAAUCAAUUUUAAAUGUAAAAUUUGCUAAAAAUAGAAUAGUAAAAUGCAAGUUGCCUUAAAAAAUUAAAAAUAAAACUACCACCAUCAAAAUUGUUAAGCGGUACACUAGAAUAGACUAUAAAUGUGAUCUAAGUUUUAUGUGAAAUUAAACUUUAAACAAAACUUAAAACAAAGCAAAAACAUUACAAAAAGAAUUCGUUUUUGCAAGUUGAAAAUUUGAAUUUAAAAGCAAAAAUAUUGCUCUUAAUUUUAAUUUUAAUUAAAAUUUAUGUUCUUAAUUGCAAUCGAGAUCAAUUAGUAUAACUUAUAUUUGAUCUAAAUUUAAUUUCACAUAAAUUGCAUUCACAUUUCCAUAAAAAAACCAAGUAACUUUGACCAGUAGAAUUAAAUUUUAAUUUAAAAACACUUAAAUACAAAUAAUUUUUUUAUGUUGUCUAUUUUAUAUUUUUGUAAUAUAAUUUUUUCCCCCAUUUUUAGAAUAUAAUGUAGCAUUAAAAAUAUUUUAGUUAAAAUCAAAAUAAAAAUAGAAAAUUUUUAAAAGAUUUGCAACACCUCCUCAUGUAAAAAUAUCUUUAAUUAAAUAAAAAUUAAAAUUUGCGCUGCCUUUUCACAACAUAUGUAAAUUUUGUAUUUAAAAUAAAUUUUGAAAUCAAUAACUUUUUGAGUUUGUACUUCAACUGAAAACUCAGUGUAAAUUAAUUUAAAUGAAAAUUUUAAUUAACAUAUCUUUUGUUCUAAAUCAACUUGUAAAUUUAAAAUCUAUAUUAACUGCUAAUUUAGACAUCAAAUAAAAAUUCUAUCUAUUUUAACAUCCUACUAUUUUAUGCUAUAUAUUUACAUAUAGAUUUGUACAAGAAAUGUAAAUUUAAAAACUACAAUUAAUUAAUUAUUCAAUUAAUUUUUAAAAUUUUGUUGUUAAAUAUUUUAAAAUUAAAAUUUAAUAAAAUUUUUCUAUUUUUAAAAUAAAAUUUUAUAUUGUAAGCUUUUAGAAGAAA